AUGCCUGUGACCCAGAGUGCCAGGGGUUCCCAGGAAGCUGCUACCCUCAAGCUGGACCCUAUCUCACCUUCCAAUGGCCCCAAGAAACCACAUAACAAGGACUCCAGGUUUUUGGAUGGAAGCUCUUUGGAGUCUCCGGGCGUGGAGAAGACCAAGGGUAUAACAGCGCUCCAGACCUUGGUUCACCUGCUCAAGGGCAACAUGGGCACUGGGGUCCUGGGACUCCCCCUGGCGGUGAAGAACGCAGGAGUCCUGAUGGGUCCACUCAGUUUGCUGGUGAUGGGCCUCGUUGCCUGCCAUUGUAUGCACAUCCUGGUCAGGUGUGCCCAGCGCUUCUGCCACAGGCUUAACAAGCCCUUUAUGGACUACGGGGACACAGUGAUGCACGCACUAGGAGCUAGUCCCAGCGUCUGGCUCCGGAACCACGCCCACUGGGGAAGGUACACUGUGAGCUUCCUCCUCGUCGUCACCCAGUUGGGCUUCUGCUGUGUGUACAUCGUGUUUCUGGCCGAUAAUUUAAAACAGGUAGUGGAAGCAGUUAACAGCACAGCCGUCAGCUGCCAUGGCAACGAGACGGCACUUGCCAUGGCCACCAUGGACUCGCGGCUGUACAUGCUCGCCUUCCUGCCCGGCCUGGCGCUGCUGGUCUUCAUCCGGAACCUCCGCGUCCUUACCGUCUUCUCGCUGCUGGCCAACAUCAGCAUGCUGGUCAGCCUGGUCAUCAUCACUCAGUACAUCAGCCAGGGAAUUCCAGACCCCGGCCAGUUGCCACUGGUGGCAAGCUGGAAGACCUACCCUCUCUUUUUCGGGACGGCCAUCUUUUCAUUUGAAAGCAUUGGCGUGGUACUGCCCCUGGAGAACAAGAUGAAGGAUUCCCACCACUUCCCAGCCAUCCUGUCUUUGGGAAUGUCCAUUAUCACCGCCCUGUAUAUCGUCAUUGGGGCUCUGGGCUACCUGCGGUUUGGAGAUGACAUCAAGGCCAGCAUAACCCUGAACCUUCCCAACUGCUGGUUGUACCAGUCAGUCAAGCUCCUGUACGUGGUUGGCAUCCUCUGCACCUAUGCGCUGCAGUUCUACGUCCCAGCAGAGAUCAUGAUACCCUUUGCCGUCGCUCGGGUGUCAAAGCGCUGGGCGCUGCCUGUGGACCUGUCCAUCCGCCUCGCCAUGGUCUGCCUCACAUGCAUCCUGGCCAUCCUCAUCCCCCGCCUGGACCUCGUCCUGUCCCUGGUGGGCUCCGUGAGCAGCAGCGCCCUGGCCCUCAUCAUCCCGCCCCUGCUGGAGGUGACCACCUACUACACGGAGGGCAUGAGCCCCCUCACCAUCGCCAAGGACGCCCUCAUCAGCGCGCUGGGCUUUGUGGGCUUCGUGGUGGGGACCUACCAGGCCCUGGGCGAGCUGAUUGGGUCGGGGGAUUCUCCCCCCUCUUCCAACUCUACCAUUUUUCUCCAGUGAGAGGCGCUGCCCGCUCCUCGCCCACCAGGACUUAGGAUGACCCAGAUCUUUCCCAGCGACUGUCUUGACGCUGCUUGCUUGGACUUUCCUCUGGGCCAAGGACUCGCCGGCAGCAAGGUCAACUAAAUAGCCAUUUUUUUUAA